UUCAAUUAAAUCUAAUAAAGUAAAAUUUAUUCAAUAGUUAUUUCAUUUCAACUCUGUUUUUUAAAUCUAUAGCCAUAUUAUUCAAAUACAAGUUUUACUUUAACACAAAAAGCAAGUCGAUUUUGGAUACCUUUUGAUGUUAAACUUUUUGAAACUCUUACUCCCUUAGAAUAUUUAGAAAAUUAUUGUCGAGUCAGUAAUCGAAGAUAUACGAUUUAUAAACGUAUUUUUGAUAGACAUAAAGAUUUUGAAGCAACAUUGAAUAUUGAAAAUCUUCCCGAUGCUCUAUCUGAUGUAUAUAUGGAAACAAUCGAUAUGCGAUUGAUAACACAAGUCAUUAAUUUACUUGAUUUAUCAUUAAAUAUAAGAAUAACAUUUGCACAAUUUCGUGGUAUUGCAGCAUUUUCUGAACGAUAUUUUUUUCAUAUUUCAAAUCGAUCAAAUGAUAUAGAUCCACAGUUGGCAAAAGAUAUUAUGGAAAUACUUGAUUUUUCUUCACUAGAAUGGAAAUUAACUGAUAUUAAGAUCUCACUAAUACUUCGAGAUAUUCUUAAAUUUUUAUAA